GCGCAUGCGCCGCAGCAAGGAUGGCUGGUAAUCAUUGGAGGGCUGGUGGCAGGGGGCGGAGAGCUCUAGUGUCUGGUUUUGGGCGGGAAUUGAAACAGCCACUGCUGCCAACAAGAAUUUGAAAGCUGCACUUUCAGCCUUGGAGGGGGCCAUGGUGCGGCCUGUGAGGUGGGUAGUUCAUGACAUCUGCGGGGAUGGGAAGAAGCAGGAAGACGCCGUAGGCAACUUGGCGUGCACACGAUUGACGGGAAAGGGCCGAAUAGGACGGCAUAAGAAAUCGGUCAAUUACUCACAGUUUGAGGACUCUGACAGUGAUGAUGACUUUAUUUCUGCAACUGCACCUUUAAAUAAAAAACCCAGAACAACACCAAAGGAGUUAAAACUAGAAACAAGGAAACCUAAACUGAAGAAUCUCCAGAAAGAAGGUAUCCCAUUGCAAGAGAAAACCCCUAAAAAAAGGAUAGCUUUAGAUGACAAGCUCUACCAGCGAGACUUAGAAGUCGCACUUGCUUUAUCAGUGAAGGAACUUCCAACAGUCACCACUGAUGCGGAAGAGGCUCAAGAUAAAAGCAUUGAAAAAUGUGACAGUCGUGGAAGUGAAACAAUGAGUAAGGCCCCUCAUAUCUCCAAUUGCAGUGUAGCCAGCGAUUAUUUAGAUUUGGAUAAGAUUACUGAGGAAGAUGAUUUUCCUGGUGUUCAAGGGAAAAGAAAAGCAGCAUCAAAGGCUAUGGUACAACAGAGGAAGAUUCUUCUGGAAGGCAGUGAUGGCGAUAGUGCUAAUGACUCUGAACCAGACUUUGCAACUGGUGAAGAGUCCGAGGAUGACUCUGAUUUUAGUGAGAGUGAAGAUAAUGAUGAAGACUUCACUGUGAGAAAAAAUAAAGUGAAAGAAAUUAAAAAGAAAGAAGUGAAGGUCAAAUCCCCAGUUGAAAAGAAGGAGAAGAAACCUAAAUCCAAAUGUAAUACUUUGGUGACUUCAGGAGACUCUGCUCCAGCUUCUGUGAAAUCAGAACUUCAGCCUUCACCAAAAAAGGUUUCUGGUUCUUCGGAGGUCACUAGGAAACCAUUACAAAUACGCAGUCCUUUGGCUGAAAACAAAAAACCUAAGUGGGUCCCACCAGCGAUGUCCGGAAGCAGCAGCAUCAGGAGCCCACUGGCAGGCGUGUCUGUUAAGUCUCCAAAUCAGAGUCUCCGCCUGGGUUUGUCCAGAUUAGCACGAGUUAAACCUUUGCAUCCAAAUGCCGCUAGUAGCUGAGUGUGAUAGUAAACACAUGUUUGAUUAAGAGAAUAACAGUUUUACAAGUGUGUUUAUAUUUGAUGUGUGUUUAUAUUUAAGGAGGGUAUCAUAAGAUAAAGGAAUCCUUUAAUGUCCUAUAAAUUGCCUCUACCCAUUCCAUGAUGAUGUUCUCUGAAGGUAUUCAAGAUUUCAAUAAGGGGUUUGUUUAUCAGAAUUAUCUUGUAAUGCCCUUUCCUUCUGGAGAAUGUGUUCUAUUUUUCCUGUGUAUAAUAAGUCAUUGUCAUUCAGUGGUUGUCAGUUUGACAUGGAGAAAGUCCAUGUUGCAUGCUAUUCUUUUCUAGAAACAUGAUGCUCCUUUCUAGCUUUGUCUAAUUUAUGGCACCUUAACUAUUCAGAGUUUAAAAGGAAACAUUCCCACUUUUUCCAGGAGACAUUUCUGAAAUCUUACUUAAGCUACAUUGUCAGUUUAAUUGCAAAAAUGUUUCAUAUUUUAGUCAAAUACUAAGAAUUCAGAAUUCAUUUAUCCAUUAAAAUGGUUGCUAUAAUGACCUAUGUCGCCUACUCAGAAGUAGAUGUUUAUUGUAUAGCAAAUAGAAUUUCAUGACAUUUUAUGAAGUUCUCAUCAAAGCCUUUAAUAAAAGUGAAAAAGUUUUGAUAUGCUCUUUCCUUGA